AUGGAAUUUGCGGAUGCCCAUUUGAACAAGGCCGUCGCUUUGGCGUGCAAUCCGCUUGGCAAGGGCGAUUGCGCGUUAGUUAAAAGUCCGCAUUUUGGCAUGGCGUGUGCAUUGAAAGACUCGUGCGAUGGACGUCACUGCUAUGACGCCCCUGGGCCGUCACGGUCAUGGCAGCGCUCAGAACGUGAUGUUGCCGUGGACGUGCCACGCGCUGCGGAAGUAAAUGCGAUGCUUGAAAGUGCUUCUGGCAUUGACGAAGUGGAGCUUAAGGUUGCUUCGUCAGGCUUACAGCCAUAA